CAGAAAAUGUGUUUUUAUUCGCCGAAUGUUAACAAUGGAUACACCGCCUUGUGAACGGAAAUGGCGUCUGUUAUUUUACAACAUGUUAUUACAUAUAUUUUACGAGGACUCCUUAAGUCUAUAAAGCAUUUUACUAGCAUUGAGGGCAUCAGGACGAUAUUAGGAGAGUGUUCUCCAACAUUAAGUAAGAUACGGGAUGUUGGUGCACUGUGUGUGUUGGGGCGGGAAAUAUGUCUUAUUCCUUUUUUGAUCUGCUUGUAUUGUUGCAGCGUCCUGCAGCCACCCGCACAUGAGAAACAGAAAACCCCAUUUGCAUACAUUUGAGCGAUUGCUUUCUCCCCCCAGUCACAUCUGAUGGGGCUUUUUAUUAUUCGUGAAAUGAAAAGCUAAAUUAAACCUGACGACGAAAAAAAAAGGGCAGGAUUGAUUUACUCGCUGUAUUGGUAAAUAUGACCACGUGAUCCAUGUAACCAAUCCCUGUAGAUGCAGGCCAGCAAAAAUACUAUGAUUGUUCAUAGAGGGAAGCUUCCCGUAACAGUGCAACCCUUAUUAUAUGACUAGGAAGAGAUCAAAAAUGUCUUCCAGUGGCACUCUCAGUAACUGCUAUGUGGACGCUAUAAUGGGGCAGGAGCCGGAGGAUGUCUACGGUGCUCGCUUUAUUCAGGCUCCGCACACGGUGACGCCGAGGCCGUCAGGUGCUGGGGACAACGCAGACUUCUCCUCUUGUAAUUUUGCACCAAAGUCCGCCGUUUUCUCGUCGUCUUGGUCCUCUGUUCACCCGCAGGGGAUUUAUCAUCCGUAUGUGCACCACCACCACCACCACCAGUCCCAUCUCCCCGGCUCGGACGGCAGAUAUGUAGGCGUCCGCUCCUGGAUGGACCCCAUCUCCAACCACGUUUCUUUCGCCGGAUUUCACUCCAGCAGUCGGCCGUACGGGACAAAGCCAGAGGUCUUGCCACCGAAAGCAGAGUGCGACACGCUGGAGGCAGAGGCUCGGCCGCUCGCCGGCGAAUUCGCGUGUGGAGUAUCGGAGUGUCCAGAAAAAGCGACCAAAGAGCAUAGUGGAAGUGAGCUUUCGAGCCACAGCGAGCCCAAAGAGGAGAAACAACAACAACUCGACCCAAACAACCCUGCAGCAAACUGGAUUCACGCACGCUCCACGAGAAAGAAGCGAUGCCCGUACACAAAAUAUCAGACAUUAGAGCUGGAGAAGGAGUUCCUUUACAACAUGUAUUUGACAAGAGACCGACGCUAUGAAGUGGCCCGCAUACUCAGUUUAACCGAGAGACAAGUGAAGAUCUGGUUCCAGAACAGGAGGAUGAAAAUGAAGAAGAUGAAGAAAGAAAGCAGCGGCGGCAAGGAGCAGCUAUGAAAUCACUGCCAUUUCACACAUUUGUACCAAGGAAGCCAUCUGAAAAAUUAAAUUCAUUUUGGUAGGAGCCUCGGUAGCCAUUUUCAUUUUUUAGUCCAUAGGUAUAGCGUGAUAUUGCGUGUCAGUGUCCUAACGUGUUGGCCAAAUAUGCAUCAAAAUCACAUGUGCAGGAAUUUGUCUUGGUGAGACUCUGACAGGAUCCAUCAAAUAGGCUAUGUUUCAUCUAAAAUGCUCUCUGUUUUACAUUUUACACAACCGCAAGCAGUUCAUCAGAUGUGUUG